AUGAAGGUGUUGGCGUGGAAUUGUCGGGGUUUAGCUCGUAGUCCGACAAUUCGUGCUCUUCGGGCUUUGAUCAGGUCUCACCGUCCUGAUCUCAUCUUUCUUUCUGAAACUAAAACGCCUUCUUCUCAUUUUCGUUCUUCUUUGAUUGGUUUGGGUUUUUUUGCCUGGUUGGAAGUUCCUCCCGUUGGUCUGCAAGGUGGACUUUUUUUGUCUUGGAAAGGUGGUGUGGACAUUGAACCGGUUAGACUGGACAAGAACAACAUUUCUUGUAUUGUGUACUCGGAUCCUCAGUAUAGCCCUUGGCUGUUUUCAGGAGUGUAUGCCCCUCCUAAUGGUCAGAGACGGUCUGAAUUUUGGCAUUGCUUGGAGUCUUUGGGGAAUUCUUUUGGUGGUGCUUGGCUUUUGCUAGGCGAUUUUAACUCUAUCUUAUCUGCUUCGGAGAAGAGUGGAGGCCGUGUUUUUGGCUCUUCUUCACACAAUGAUUUUGUGGAUUUCGUCAAUUAUAAUGCUUUGGUGGAUCUUGGUUUUGUGGGUAACAAAUUUACCUGGAGUAAUUGUAGAAUUGGCAGAGCUAAUAUUCGGGAGAGACUGGAUAGGGGUUUGGCAAACCAGAGUUGGGUGCAUCUUUUUCCUAACUGUCUGAUUAACCAUUUUCCUGCUACUCAGUCAGAUCAUUGCCCUCUUUUGAUCUCUACUACAGGUUCUUAUCGAAAUCUGCCUAAACCUUUCAGGUUUGAGGCUUUUUGGACUAGGGAUAAUUCUAGUCAUGCAGUUGUGGCGGAGGCUUGGUUGGGAGAAGUUGAAGGCUCUCCUGCUUUUUCUUUGAGCAGGAAAUGGAAGAAUACAAAGGGUGCUCUGAAAUUCUGGAAUCAACACCAUUUUGGGCAUAUUCAGCAGAAGAUCAAAUCACUAAUGGCUGAUAUUAGUGUGAUCCAGUCCAGUCCUCAUUCCUCUGCUAAUGCGGCCAGAGAGCAGGUUCUUCAGGAAGCCUUGCAGGAACAGCUUUUGAGGGAGGAGAUUCUUUGGAAGCAAAAAUCUAGAGAGUUGUGGCUUACCUGCACUGACCUCAAUACGAAAUUUUUUCAUGCCUCGACAGUGAGUCGCCGCAGGUAUAAUUCUGUUUCUAGACUAAAAACUGUGGAUGGUAUUAUUAUUGAAGGUAGAACGAAUAUUGGGAAUUAUUUGGUGCAACAUUUUAGCUCUCAAUUUACUACUACUAAUCCUGUUUUAGAUAGUAGUCUCUCUGAGUUGGUUGGUAGGGUAGUUACAGAGGAGGAAAAUGGUAGACUCUGUGUUAUUCCUGAUGAGCUUGAAAUUUUUUCUGUAAUUUCUGAUCUUGGUCUUAAUAAGGCCCCGGGUCCGGAUGGUAGAUCUAUUCAUGACAAUACUAUUCUUGCUCAUGAACUAUUUCAUACUAUGAAGCAAAAGAAAGGAAAUGGAGGCUUAAUGGCUUUGAAGUUGGAUAUGGCUAAAGCUUUUGAUUCUAUGGAGUGGGAUUUUCUGUUGAAGAUUUUAAACCUGUUGGGGUUUCAUCCUACUUGGGUACAAUGGAUCCAUCAAUGCAUCACUACCUCUUCUUUCUCUAUUCUACUUGAUGGUGCUCCUUUCGGUAAUUUCUCUCCUUCCCGUGGACUGCGUCAAGGAGAUCCUCUCUCUCCAUUUCUCUUUAUUAUGGGGUCUGAGAUUCUUUCUAGAUUAAUUGAGAGAGAGGAGAAUUUGGGUCUUCUUCAUGGUAUAAAAAUGGUUAGAAUGUGCCCUCCUAUUUCUCAUCUUUUGUUUGCAGAUGAUGUGAUUAUUUUUUCUAAAGCUAAUGUCUCUGAAGCUCAGGUGAUUCUAAAUUGUCUCAACACUUAUUCUGCUUGGUCUGGACAGCACAUCAACUUGGCUAAAUCUGCAGUUCUUUUCAGCAAAAACUGCUCCCUUAGCCGUAAAUCUUCUAUUAAUGGGAUUUUGAACUUGGCCCAAAUUCCUGCCCAAGGAAAAUAUCUGGGGAUCCCUCUUUUCUUGCAUAGUAAGAAGCAAGACUCCUUCAUUGAUCUCAAAGAUAGGAUUUUUGCUAAAUUCUCAGGUUGGAAAGCAAGACUCUUGUCUCAAGCAGCAAGAACCACUUUAAUUAAAUCAGUGGCAAAUGCUAUCCCAACUUAUGUUAUGUCCUUAUUUCUUCUCCCGAAGUCUUUGUGCUCAGCUAUCAAUUCAAUCUGA